UCCACUUGCCUCGCUCCACACAGCUUCAAUAAGCCCUGAGGUUGGGAGCCUUGAUGGAAAAUUACCUUGUGACCAAGAGGGGAGGUCAGGACUGGUACAGAGUCAGACUCUACUUGUCCUGAGAAGCAGCAGCAGCAGCAGCAGCAGCAGCAGCAGCAGCAGCAGAGGGAGGAUGGCCUGCACGUUCGGCUGAUGAGAGUGGGACUGAAGUCGGGUCAUGGAGAAACGAAAAGUUCCCGUCGCAGGAUGCACCAAAGCCACCUGUGGAUGGAGAGCCCUGCUUCUCCCGCAGCUGAACAGGCAGUCCCUGUACGUGUACGGGAGCGAGAUGGCCGUGGAGAAGGAGUGCAUCCGACAGCUGCAGAGCGGGGUCUUUGUCAUCCACCCGUUCAGCCUCAUGAGGAGUUACUACAUCAUGUGCAUGAUGGCAAUCACAUUUCUCAACCUGAUUGGGAUUCCCAUGGAGAUAGCAUUUCUGGACGGGAACAGCGGGCUGGCAUGGGAAGGAUUUAAUGUGUUUUCAGACACUCUGUUCCUGAUUGAUGUCGCUCUGAAUUUCCGUAUGGGCAUCAUAGCAGAGGACGGCGAGGAAGCUAUUCUGGAUAUCAAGCGGAUCCGAGUCAGUUACCUGAGGACAUGGUUCAUACCAGACGUUAUUGCUGCGUUCCCGAUCGGCUACAUCCUGCUGUUUGCGGACUUACAAUACCACAACGAGGACAACCCCUCCAAGACCAACAAGAUGAUGAGGAUCCUGAUGUUCGUGCGGAUCCUCAGUUUGAUCCGACUGGCUCGAGUGUCCAGACUGGUCAGGUUCUUUAACGAGGUGGAGAAAGUGUCGAAUGCAAACUUGGAGGUGGUCCGCCUCUUUUUCCGCAUCUUGUCUCUGUUCAUGAUGAUUUUCCUUCUGUGUCACUGGAAUGGCUGCAUCCAGUAUUUUGUCCCCAUGCUGGAGGAGUUUCCCACCGACUGCUGGGUCCGGAAAGAAAACCUGAUGAAUGCUACAGUGAUUGUGAAGUACUCUUGGGGAGUUUUCAGAGCGCUCUCCCAGAUGAUCGCCCUCUCCUAUGGCUCCAUGGACGCACCAACAAAUUAUGUUGAAAUGUGGAUCGUGAUGGUCAGCAUGGUGUCCGGCUGUCUGAUGUACACCGUCCUCGUGGCCAACGCUACAACCAUGAUUGCCAACAUCGAUCCAGCGGCCAAGGAGUACAAAAGCAAGAUGAGUCGUUUGGAGCACUACAUGGCCUUCAUGAAGCUCCCACCAGAGCUGCAGCUUCGACUCAACAACUACUACCAGGCUCGUUACGGAGGGAAGUGGUUUCAUGAGAAAGACGUUAUGGACACGGUGUCCUCUGCACUCAAAGAGCAAAUCCUAACGGUGAUGUGCAGCCGGCUGCUGAGAAAAGUGCCAAUGUUUCAGACGAGAGAUGAAAACUUCAUCAAUGCCGUCCUCCCCAAACUGGAGUAUGAGGUUUUCCUGGAGGGAGACGCCAUCGUCCGACAGAACGUUCCCGGCGACCGCAUGUUCUUCAUCGACCACGGACAGGUCCUCAUGGAGACUGAUUCCUACGAGAGGGAGCUGUGUGACGGAGACUACUUUGGAGAGACAUGCGUGCUGACCAAAGGCAAACAUCUGGCCACAGUGCGGGCGCUGACCGACUGCCAGUGCUUCUCUCUGUCCUGGGACGACCUUCAGGAGACGCUGGAGGGCUUCCCAGAUGUCAAGAAGGACUUAGAAAAAAUGGUUCAGCUCAACUCGGAUGGUGGACUUGUGUAAGACCAGAAACAGUACUUUUUGGGACUAUUUUAACUGACUGAAAAGGACAGGACAUGUGGAUGUGUCCAGGAUGUUUCAUGUGAUGGACAGUAAGAAGGUGGCUGAUUCCUAACGUGGACACAUGUUGGACAUGUUGGACAGUUACUCAUCGAUGAGAUGGACAGUUUUAGAGCAUUUUAUUCUGCUCCAUCAGUUAUCAGCAAUAAACGAAGACCUCAACAGUAAAGACGGGUCAAAGCUCUGCUUCCUUCUUGAUGCUGCAAUUUAUGUUUGAAAAUUAAAUGCCUACCUUAGUGAAAAAAACAAGAAAGAUUCAGGUUUCUGAUUUCUUUAAAAAAAUUUUUAAACUUUGGGUUUUAUUUUUGUAAUUUUGGCCAUUUUUCCUUUUAAAAAAAACAAAAGACUGGGUAGGAAACACAAUGUUUGCCACAAUUAUUUGGGAAAACAAGAAAGAUCCUGCAAAUCCUAAAGGGAUAUUUUGGUUUCUUUCAACUUGGGUUUUAUUUUUUAUUUUUUGCUAUUGUUCCCAUCAAUAAAAACAGAAAAGUGGGCAAGAAACACAAGCAUAUUAGCCACUUUUAUUUGAACACAGGCAAACACUAAUGACCAGUAAUAUUAACAGUAAUAUUAUCUUAUAUUAUUUUAACAUAAAGAAAAAAGGGAACCAUCAGGAGCUUAUAGUAACAAGUUCGAUGGAAUCUGGCUUAUAACCGUCAAUAACAUUAGUAACUUUGUAACAUUAGGCAAGUAAAGCACCAAAAUAAUCUAUAUAAGUUAAAGUGUAUGCUAUAUUAAGAAUAUGUUAAACAUCUUUACCUUCCCGUCGCGUUACGCUUUCUUCAAAGCCACCAGACUCCAUUUACAAAAGCAGUGAUUUUACCUCUCAGACACGGUAGUGGCUGGUCUAUGAACGCCUCUUUCAGUUAGUUUGUUUGUGUUACUGUUUGUCCUUGGUUCCAAACAAAUGUGACAGCAGUGUAUUCUGUGCCUUGAUGUCUAAACUUUGCAAGGAUAACAGUGACUCAGCUAGAGCUAGUGUUUAAAGCUUACUGUGGUAACCUAUGUCACAGAUUUUUGCUCAGGCUGAGUGGGCAUUUCCAUUUUAAAAACCCAGCCUUUAAGUUACAUUUUUCUGGCGUUUCCUGUUCUUUCCAGAGAGAAGAAAGAAUGUGCAAGUAUUGCCUUGGUCAUUUUAAUUUGUCUUUGAUUUUUGGACCGUUUCAACUGUCAGCAAUGUGUAGACUUGUCCUCAUUAUUCAGUUAAUUGAUGUUAAGCUAUUAUAUGAAGUUAAUCUACCUAAUCUAAGUGUCUUUUAAUGUACUAGAAGUGUUCUUGGAGUUGAUGUAAUAAAAUAUAAUUUUUUUCACCAGCCGCCAAAAAUCUUGAGGUACUAACCGGUCCGUAGCUCACAAAUCAAGGUCGCGACCGAAGCAUGUAUUUGGAGAAUCGUUACACCUCAUAUAUUUCAGUCUGGACCAAAGAACAGGCCUCACUGCCCUUAGGAUGGCUCAGAUAAAACCCAAGUUGUAAUAAACUGCAAUUUUGCUUUAAAGGGAGGGUGAAAAAAAACUCAUGUAUGUCAUUUUUCUUUUUUCUCUAAAAUGACAUUUAUUUGGAAGUAUUAUUGCACAAGACAU